AUGGCAGGUAUUGAAGAGCAUUCAGGAGAUGGCGGUACGUCAGUUCUGGAACCAAUAAAACAACAACUGCAAAAGAAAAAAUCUACACCUAGAUGGAUUUUUGGGGUUGUUCUGCUAAUAUCAGUCUUCGGUGCACUCUUCGUCCUACCCCUAUUCCUGUAUGAGUGGGAAAUAACACAUUUCGCCUUUUCACGUGGUGUUGAAGGAUACCAACCCCAUGGAUCACCCUCUUUCGAACAAACUGGAAACCACCAUCCUUGUAAAGAUGCCAAACCAGGUAUUUUGGCUCAAGGCCUAAUGCUUGUAAAUAUUGAUGGCAUGACAAGAGACCGGAAGAUGUACAUUGGGGAAUCUCUUCCAGAUAUCUAUGAUCAAUCACCUGUUCUACAUUCUGCUCUAGUUCAAUUACUAGAAUAUGAUGCUAUCGCAAAGGACUGUGCUCUCAUUUUUUGA